AUGGCUCCUCCUCUUCCUCUGAUCUUCCUGCUCAUGAUUCACAGGGUUUCUAGUGCUGAUUGGGGUGUGAGUUACAGUCAUUCACACAUCUGUGCACUAAAGAACUCAUCAGUGAUAAUGAGCUGCACUUAUACAUACCCUACUGGAUAUCAGAUCAAGAAAGUGUUCUGGACCAAAACAUAUAAAACAUAUCGUAUAGAUGAUGAUGAUGAUGAUGAUGAUUAUUAUGAUCUGUCUAAGGACCCUGAAUACAGUCAGAGGCUUCAGUAUCUGGGAGAUAAACAGCAGAACUGCACCAUCAGACUGAAUCAUGUGACACAGAAAGAUUCACACAUGUACUAUUUCAGAUUCACAACUACACUUGGCAUAUGGCUUGGUUAUCCAGGAGUGUCUCUUACUGUCACAGAUCUUCAGGUGGAGUCUCCUGAGAGAGUGACAGAGGGAGAUUCAGUCCGUCUGACAUGUAAAAGCAGCUGCACUCUGACUGACAGAGCAACAUUCAUCUGGUACAGAAACUCACAGCCAUUAACUGAGAGAAGAGACAGAAACAAUGAACUCCUGCUGCAGUCAGUCAGAAGAGAGGAUGCAGGCAGAUAUAGCUGUGCUCCACAUGGACACACUUACAUCUCUCCUGCUGUUCAUCUCAAUGUCACAUAUCCUCCAAAGAGUGUCUCAGUGUCCAUCAGUCCAUCUGGUGAAAUAGUGGAGGGAGAUUCAGUGACUCUGAUCUGCAGCAGUGAUUCAAACCCACCUGCAGAAAUCAGCUGGUUUAAAGGAAAAACAUUUGUAGGAUCUGGAAGAAUCUACAGCAUCUCAAAGAUCAGCUCUGAUCACAGUGGAGAAUACAAGUGCAAGUCCAGAAAUGAACAUGGAGAGAAAUAUUCUGAUGCUGUUACUUUAAAUGUCAUGUAUCCACCCAGGAACGUCUCAGUGUCCAUCAUUCAGUCUGGUCAGAUGUGGGAAGGUGAUUCAGUGACUCUGAUCUGCAGCAGUGAUUCAAACCCACCUGCUCUGAACUUCAGCUGGUUUAAGGAGGAUGAAUCCUCAUCUGUUGGAUCUGGACAGAGUUUCAGUGCACUACAGAGUGGACGCUUCUACUGUGAGGCUCACAAUCAACAUGGAUCUCAGAGAUCAGAUGUUCUUACUGUCACAAUUCAUCUUGGUCCUGACAGGAAUGUGACUGUGAUCACAGCGUCAUCUAGAGGACAAUUCAUCAUCAUCAUCAUCAUCAUCAUCAUCAUUAUUAUCAUCACAAGAAGAAGGAUAAAGAAGAGAUCUGUUAUACAUGAGUAUGAGAAUGAUGUUCCCAGUGUCAGCACAUAUACGGCUCUAGACCUCAAGUCCAGAUCUUCAGACCUGUACAACACACUCACUUCUGUCCAUCCCAGACCUGCUGUUCACCAAUAA